GUUUCGUGUUUCUUCUUUGAUAUGUUUUAUCAGUCCUUAAGGGAAGAAAUUAGUAUCUUAAAUUAUUUUAAAGUAUCGUAAUAUAUCGAAAACCAUCGGACAGAUCUUUGGUUGUUUAAACACCGGCUACCUUUUCUUUAAGAGGAUAACAUGCAGGCAUUUUAUUGGUGACAUCGAUCGAAGUUAACAGGUUUUAUUUUACCUGUUGAAGUCAAUUCUUUAAACAAGAACGUUUGCAACGCAGGAAUUCAAUCUUUUUUUUCAGGAAAGGGAAUAGAAAAUAAGAUAUUGAUGAAACAAUUUAGACUUGGGCAAGCUUUAACUUGUAAAGCUCUUCUCUAAAUUUACCUGGGAAUUAUAGAAAGCGCGGAUUUCAGUAGACUAUUGGUGGUGAAACGCUGAAGUCGAUUGGGACGGCAUCAAUAUUUUAAAUAGAAUUACUCAGAAUGUCUUGUUUUUCUAAAACUAGCGUGAAAGAACAACCAGAUAUAGCAUGGGCAAAAACAGAUUUUCAAAUUCGAGUGCUUUACCGCGAGUUAGAAAUAUUAUCGACUUUCAAAUUGGAAGACGAUAAAAUCUUGGAUUUGGAAACAGUGAAAAAAAAUAAAAAAGAGCAGUCUGAAAAGCUGAAAGAUAUUGAAAAGACGUUCAAAAAAUUUUUUAAGAAAAAAAGAUCGGAAAAAUAUGACCGUCUACUUGACAAAGGUAUUUUGAAAGAAACAAUAACAGAUGAACACUUGAGAAAUGACGCUUUACAAACAGAAGAGGAUGGGGAAUCGUUGUUGUUGCGCGCAAUGUCAAUAUCAGUUGAAAAACAAAGCAAACAAGAAACCACCCUUGAAAACAUAAAAGCUAUGUUAAUAGAGUCGUGCCCUCAGAUGAUUUGUUUUCCAAAAAAGAAGGGGAAAUUCGAAGGUAUAACACCGCUUCAUGUAGCAAUAUUGAAAGAGGAUACAGACUGCCUUGAAAACAUGGCAACUUUCAAUGGAGACAAAAAGAUAAAACAUGUCCGCGCUUCAGGUUCUGCGUUUCAAAACACAGUUAUGAUGGCUGGAACACCAUUGGGAGUCGCCGUGCUCAAAUGCAACAAGACACUUUUUCACAUAGUAUUAGAACAAUUUAAUUCAGAGCUUGAUGUGACAAACCACAAAGGGGAUAACAUCGUGCAUUCUUUGAUCAAGUAUGCUCAUGUUCAACCAGACAAAAUGAAUGAUGUACUGGAAAUGUUACAUUACGUAUUAGACUAUGAGCUGCCUUCACAAGAUUUGGAUGAAAAGAAGAUAUGGAAGAAAAAGAAAGUUAAUAAACUACUGAUGAUGAAGAACAACGAAAACCUUAACCCGCUACAAUUAGCUGCUAAAAGGCAACAGUAUAAGAUAUUUAAGCUUAUCAUGGAGCAUGAGGUACAUUGUACCAGAGAAUCAAGCAACGGAAUUUUUAAUGAAGAAGUCUUCGACAUCACCGAAAUCGAAACACUUGCACUUGAAAACGACGUGGCAGAAGACGAGCACGAGAUUAUCAAGCAGGAAUAUCACGAAUCGAUACUGGAGUACCUCAUCCAUCAGCAAACAACAAGUGCAUUCUUGUUUGCUGAUUUCAUGCCCGUCAGAGAGGUUAUCAUAGAAAAAUGGAAACAUUACAAACUGUUGUUCCGUAUAUGGUUUGUUAUUCAUUUUCUUUUUAUGAUCCUCCUUUCCGUGGCUGCCUUAUACAGGUCAAAACUUGUGCCAGCAGAAAAUAGGGAUACCACUUAUAAAUACCCUGUUACUGUUGACGCUUUUGUUACCUCUGUGUCAGUCAUCGGCUGUAUAAUCGGUGUGAUUUACAUGCUGAUAGAAUGCAGUAGGGUUUAUCUAGGACGUUUUCAGUUUAAGACAUCCUCUUCUAGGCUUAAAAGUGUUCGGCGCCAUUUCAGUACACCAUACUCAAACCUAUUAUUCAGAAUAUACUUUUUACUAUUUUCUCUAUUGAUCAUAUGCGAUCUCAUUCUUGCUUCAAUUGCAACGCAAAAUUCAUUCUUGGACUAUCAAAAUUACUGCCUUCUCUUUGCAGUAAUUUUAGGCUGGUAUCUAUUUAUGUUUUUCCUGCAAACAUUUAAAACGUUUAGUUUCUUUACUGUUCUGAUACAAAGAGUUAUAUCAGACAUGUUUAAAUUCGCAUUUGUCAUGGGAAUAUUUCUGGUAGCUUUUUCUAUUGCAAUGUACAUGGCAAUGCAAGGGGCUGACACUGAUAAUGACGACUUCGAAUAUUUUGGAAAAACAAUCAUGAAAAUGCUUACUAUUAUGCUUGGUAUUGGAGAAAUAGAUAUCUUAUUUCAAGCUCGACAGCCAAUACUAGCAGUAAUGGUAUUCGUUCUUUUUGUGCUGUUAACAACAAUACUGUUACUUAAUGCACUUAUAGCAAUGAUGUCAAACUCAUGCACAGAUUUGAUGAGCAAUCAUAGCGUCUCAGGCAUGACUGCUACAAAAAUGCAUUGUCGUUUACAAAAACUAUCAGUUAUUCUAUUUCUAGAAAGCUUCCUCCCUCGUUGUAUGUGUAAGGAAGUUGGUUUUAUGAAUAGGAAGUUAAGAUAUGAAAAUAAUGAAUGGGUUUCAAACACUAAGAGAAGAUUUUGGAGUCUGAGUUCUAUUCAUGAGCAUAAAGAAACGACAGAGAGUUACGAUCUAUCUGACAAAGGUCUGAUAUCCACCCUGAUGUCGCAUUUGCCACGUAAGAAAUUAAGAAAAAAGAAAAAAACAGCUCACGCGAAAGAUAAUCAAAUACAACCAGCUGUAAACAGCACGACUGCCUUAGAAAUGCAAAAUCAAAAACCUGUUCGAAGACUUUUACAAAUUCGGGACAUUGGACAAAAACCUUGUGACACAUGUAAAAACGAUAGCAUGGUCUACACCGAAACACAGGAAAUUGCUGAAGUUAUAGAAGUACCAAAGGUAGAAGAAGAUACCAUUCGAUUUGCAACAACGUAUUAA